AUGAAACUGAACCUUGAAACCCUCUUUGGAACGGCAAUAUGCCUGCUAACCCUCCUCCCCUCAACAUGGGCCUGGACAAACCCGAUCCGCAACCCCGGCGGCAGCGACCCCUUUAUCGCAUACUCUGGGGGCUACUACUACCUCCUCACGACGGAAUGGUCGACCGUUGAGAUCGCGCGCUCAACCACAAUCAACGGCCUGAAGACUGCAACUAAGAAAGUCAUCUACUCCGACUCGACCGCCUCGCGCUGCUGCAACGUCUGGGCGCCCGAGGUCCACUACCUCGGCGGCAAGUGGUAUGUCUAUUUUACCGCUGGCAAUGGGGAUAAUCUUGACGGACAAAGGCUGCAUGUCUUGGCUGGCGGCACAACCCCCUGGGACGACUACACGUACGCGGGCCAACUCACAACGGAAUGGUCCAUCGACGCGUCCGUCCUCCGCUUCAACGACUGGGGCAAUUUCCUCAUGUACUCAUGCUUCCACGGCGUCAGCUACCAAUCCAUCUGCCUGCAGCAACUCUCGUCCACAUACACGUCGCUCACGGGCUCCAUCUCCGUAAUCUCCCAACCAACCCUCCCCUUCGAAACGCACGGCACCCCCGUAAACGAAGGCCCCGUCGCGCUGUACUUCAACGGCCAAACCCACAUCAUCUACUCGGCCUCGUACUGCUGGACACCAUACUACUGCCUGGGCCAACUAACCUGGGACGGGACGAGCGAUCCGCGGCUUGCGAGCGCGUGGACGAAAAAAGACGGGUGUGUGUUUGCGAGCGCGAACGGGAAUUACGGCUCGGGCCAUAAUUCGUUCUUUGUGAGUCCCGAUGGGAGCCAGACGUGGAUUGCGUAUCAUGCGACGAGUAAUAGUGCGGGGGCGUGCGAUGAUAGUCGGUAUACGAUGGUGCAGUUGUUGGGGAGCCAUAGUGAUGGGAGUCCGAAUUUUGGGAGUCCGGUUAGUUGGGAUCAUGUGUAUAGUGAGCCGAAGUAGGCUGUCUCGCUGUUUUGGUGAUUGAAGGAGGAUAUGGAUGCGAUGCGGAUGAUGUACGAGGAUCGCAGAAUGAUGGAGGGGGAAUCGUGAAGGUGCAAAAUACCAUCUUAGGGAAUGUAUAUGGCUACAAAUGGUUUCCAAUAUUUCAAUGCU